UUUUUCACGGUAACACCAACGCUGGGAACAUGGUAAAAAUAAACCUCGAUCAACCGGUUCUGGCCAUGUUUGUCCGGUUUGUCGUCAAAGAAUUCAGCGAAUGGCCGUGCAUGCGCGUUGAGGUUUACGGAACACCUGCAAAUUGUACUGUUAGGACAAAGAAAAACGAAUGUUGUGUGUUUCCCUUCAUGUACGAAGGAGAAAGGCACUUUACAUGUUUAUCAUCCCUAUUAGAUGGCGCUUGGUGUGCGACGACACCCGACUAUGACACAGAUAAAAAAUGGGGAGAGUGCUUAGAAGGAGACCUGAACGCAUGAAGUGAGCUGCAAGACGAAAUCGCCAAGUAAAGGCAGAUUCUACUACUUACAUUUGGCUCAAGAAAGCACUCUGUCUGUACAGGGGCUAGUCACCAGCACGUAUUAGUUUCUUUUUAAUCUGUGUUCAUUAUUACGAACACGAGACAAUAAGGUUAAUUUCACUGUUUUGCACACAAGUCACUUAAUAAACGUGUUUGUUCGCGUACA